GGGUACCAUGUCAUUUUUUAUCAGGCGCAUUCGUACCACAAACAUUUGAAGCAAGUCGUACAGCCUUUGAAGUAUGGUGUUGAGGCGAGUGCUGUGAACAAAAAGGGCUACGACUUCGCAUAUGCCAAGUGCUCGGACAUAGUAGUUUCGGUUGGUGGCGAUGGCACGUUUCUCAGUGCCGCCCUGAAAAUCCUCGAAAACCACAAACCGAUCAUUGGAAUCAACAGCUGUCCCAUCUCAAUUCGUCUGCGUGUAUCAACACCACCAGAUCAACUUACUCAUCUUGACGAAAUCUUCCCUCGACAUCUUGAUUCUCAGGGCUCAGUAUCACACUUGCACCCCGUAGCAGGUCCUAAGACUGAAACUACUACUGCGACUUCGUCUUCCACGAUGUACUUACUUCCAGUCAGGGCACUUAACGAGGUCUUCAUUAGUGCCUGUAUGAGUGCAAGAGUGUCAGAAUACCUCAUCUCACUGGACGACGGGCCACAAGCGCGCCAGAAGUCGAGCGGCCUACUGGUCUGCACCGGGACCGGGUCCUCCUCGUGGUACUCCAGCAUGAACCAGGUGGACGCUUCCCUUGUCUCGCAGCUGCUCUCACUGGCCGGCGAGAAGCGAACUCCUGACGAUGUGGCGUCCAUUGUUGAGCGCUUCAACCGUGGCCUCCUCUUUGAUGCCGCCUCCCCCAACAUGGCCUACUCCGUCAGAGAGGUUGUCAAAAAUCACGUUUUCAAGUUCGAUUCCCCCCGUGGCUUUGCAAAAAAGUAA